GUACUCAUUGCCGCCAGCGUUGCCAUGGCCGCGCCCAUUGAAGAAUCAUCGGUGAAGCAGAAACGUGGCCUCGCUUUGGGUUUGGGCUAUCAUGCCCCGCUGCUAACGCAUUCCACCCACCUUUUGGCACCAACUGUAAUCCAUUCAGCACCGCUGUUGCAUGCUGCUCCCAUCGUGCAUGCACCACUCAUAACACAUCAUGCCCCAAUUAUUACUUCGCAUGCAAUCUCACAUUCAAUUUAUCCUUCCUAUCAUCUACCAGCCAUUUCGACGUUGCAUCAUUACAAAUAAAGCGGUCGUCGUCGGCGUCGUCGUCGUUAGCAGUGUGGGGAGAAAAAAGCGGUGGUUGUGGCAUGAAGUUCUCGCACAAUAAUUGGUGAAUAGUAAAAAACAAAUGCUAUAGCAACAACAACAACAACAACAACAGCAGCAACAACAACAACAUAACAAUAAAGGUAGCUACGAUGUAGAAGUCGCUCGCAGUCAUUAUUCAACAUCUCCGCUGAUUUUUAUUGGAUAUAUCGAAAGAAAAAAAUACUCGAAACAAACUAAAAGGGAUUAUCCAUCUGUAAAAAUGAUGAAAAUAAUGCGAAUGGAGUUUAAAAUUGUUAUUUGUACUUUCAUUUUCCAUUUUAGUGUGAACAGGAUUCUCUCCUUCAAGGUUCAAUG